AUGAUAGGCGCAAAUUACCCCAAUGACUCUACCUCCACAGUAGGGAUACCCAGCCAGGCCAAAAUUGGCUACAUGAUAUCGCAGGACACUGGGAAGGAAAAAGAACAUAAAUCUUUUCUUCCACAUAUUCUUAAAAUUACCCUAUUUGCAAUUCUCAUUUGGGCAUGCCCUUUCUCCAGUGAGGGUGACGUACAAAGUGAACUCCUCCAUGCGAAUAUAUCAGGAAGUGUUGCAAAGGCCCCAUUUCCCCAAUGCAGAUCAACGAGUGUGCUAAAAAAUAAACCCGAACCAACAGCAGAAGAAAUGCUGGAAAGGCUAAGAAAAAAUCAUUGCAUGAAAAGUAAGAUCCAAGGUAAAGAUAAAGAUAAACGCCUGCAGCGAAUGUUAAGUGCAAUUCCUAAGGUAAAUGAAAGUGUAGAUACGCUCCACGAAGAAGUCCAAUACAACUUAUUGAAGUGCAACUGUGAAGAGGGGAAUGUAGAUAUGGACGACCUUUUACAGAAACAUUACGUCCAUCGCGGGAAGAAAUCCAAAUGUGUCUUCAUCAAAGAUCUGAUCGUGUUAGCGACUGUCGGCAUGGUAAUUGGGGCUAUUGUCUUCGCGGCUAUGCAGAUAUGGGGGGCAGUUCUUCUCCUAAUUAUGAUCAUUCCAGUGGGAAGCAAAAUAAUAGAUAUUCUUAACGAAAGAUAA